AUGUCCUUGUGCACAGGUCUCCGAGGUCUCAUGCUGGCGGUAAUGCUCGCCGCUCUUAUGUCCGAUCUAACUUCCAUCUUCAAUUCCUCGAGCACUCUCUUCACAGUCGACCUUUACACUCAUUUUCGUCGCCAGGCGAAAAACCGGGAACUAAUGAUUGUGGGACGAGUCUUUGUCUUGGUAAUGGUCGGUCUCAGCAUACUUUGGGUACCCGUGAUUCAAAGCAUGCAAGGAGGUCAGCUCUACAUCUACAUUCAAUCUGUUUCCGGCUUUUUGUCACCUCCAAUCGCUGCGGUCUACCUCAUGGCUCUUCUAUGGAAAAGAAACAAUGAAUUGGGAGCAUUUACCGGCCUUAUUUACGGUUUCCUAAUCGGCAUAACCAGAAUGGUUCUCAGUUUCGUCUAUCCAGACCCGAUCUGCGGUGAGCCAGACACCCGUCCUUGGAUAGUUUCCCAGGUGCACUACAUGUACUUUGCGAUGUUCUCCUUCUUCUCUACGGCCGCCGUGAUGGGCCUGGUUUCGUUGUGCUCGUCGCCGCCCACUGAGGAGCAGGUGCGCGGUCUCACCUUUUGGACUCGCAAGGACGCGACCUCCUCGAGUCCGACCGACCACGUAGUGCCCAUUUCCGAGGAAAUUAAAUUGGAUCCUGUAGACGACUCAAGAGACAAGACGGGGGAAGAGCGUGCACAGGGAGGUGAAAGCGAAAAAGACGCAGGUCUCACAAAACGCAGUGAUCUUGAUAAGAAUUUUGACGAAAGAACCUCCACAAUCACACAGAGUGACGCCAGUGAGGACGCCAGCGUUGUGGAUGGCCAAGUGUCUGAGGGUCAAGGUCUCUGCGUCUCCUGCCUCCACGUGUCCGGGCACAUGUGUCAAUGGUUUUGGGGUUGCACUGAUCAGCCGUGUCCCGAGGACGUUCAGUGCUGCUGCUGCCUCAAGAAGAAAGGCUCGAAUGACCAAGGAACUGGGGUCGAAACCGAACCCCUUCGUAUUGUUCCAAUCAGUCUAUAUCAAACCAGAAGCGCUAAGAUUGGCCUCACUAUAGGGCUAGUGGUAAUCAUUACGACGACCGUCUUCCUCUUCUGCUUUUUCUCGCUCUACUUCGGUCCGAUUACACGUGGGCCGUUGACUGUUGUAGGGAGCACCACAUCAGCCAACAUCUCGGGUGCUAUUUCGGAUUUGAUGGCCUUUGGCAUAAUUGCUAAUCUGACCGGUUGA